GGCUCGCAGAUAUGACACCCGUACGACAAUAUUCUCUCCGGAGGGACGUUUGUACCAAGUGGAGUACGCGAUGGAAGCGAUCAGUCACGCAGGAACCUGUUUGGGAAUUUUAGCAAACGACGGGAUCUUGUUAGCAGCUGAGCGACGAAACACAAACAAACUCCUCGACGAGGUAUUUUUCUCCGAGAAAAUCUACAAGCUCAACGACGACGUUGUCUGCUCAGUCGCCGGGAUAACAUCCGACGCAAACGUGCUGACAAACGAGCUGAGACUUAUCGGGCAAAGAUACUUGCUCCAGUACGGUGAGACAAUUCCCUGCGAGCAGUUGGUAUCAUGGCUGUGCGAUGUCAAGCAAGCCUACACCCAGUUCGGUGGCAAGAGACCUUUUGGAGUUUCAAUUCUCUACAUGGGUUGGGACAAACACUACGGCUACCAGCUGUACCAGUCCGACCCCAGUGGAAACUACGGAGGCUGGAAGGCCACCUGUAUCGGGAACAAUUCCGCAGCAGCUAUUUCUUCACUGAAGCAGGAGUACAAAGAGGGAGAGACCACUUUGAAGGAUGCUCAGGCUUUGGCGAUCAAAGUUUUGUCCAAGACUCUUGAUAUGACCAAACUUACUGCUGAAAAAGUUGAAAUGGCGACCUUGACACGUGAGAAUGGCAAAACAAUAACAAGAAUUUUAUCAGCUGGUGAAGUCACAGCUCUGAUUGAAGAACAUGACCGACUAGAGGCACUUGCCGAGCAAGCUAAAAAAGAAAAACAAAAGCUCUGA